UUGACAGGGCACAGUAAGGCAGAGCCUGCACUCCAGCUUAGCGUUCAGUUAGGCACAGACGCCCGAGCCCCUCUCCCACUCUCUUCUUUGGUUUUCAUUUGGACGUUUUGUUGGUGCAGCCGAACAGCAAAAAGCAGCCAUGGAUGCCAUCAAGAAGAAGAUGCAGAUGCUCAAGCUCGACAAGGAGAAUGCCUUGGACAGAGCUGAGCAGGCUGAGUCAGACAAGAAAGCAGCAGAGGACAGAAGCAAACAGUUAGACGACGAAAUAAGAGAGUUGGAAAAGAAAUUGCGUAUUACUGAAGACGAAAGAGAUAAAGUGUUUGAGGAGUUCCAAACUGCUGAGGAGAAGCUGCUGAGCGCUGAAGAGGUCGCCACCAAGGCUGAGGGAGAUGUCGCUUCCCUUAACAGACGUAUCCAGCUGGUUGAGGAGGAGUUGGAUCGUGCUCAGGAGCGUCUGGCCACAGCCCUGACCAAGCUGGAGGAGGCUGAGAAGGCUGCUGAUGAGAGCGAGAGAGGCAUGAAGGUCAUUGAGAACAGGGCCAUGAAGGAUGAGGAGAAGAUGGAGCUGCAGGAGAUCCAGCUGAAAGAGGCCAAGCACAUCGCUGAGGAGGCUGACCGCAAAUAUGAGGAGGUGGCCCGUAAACUGGUCAUCAUUGAGGGUGACCUGGAGCGUACAGAGGAGCGCGCUGAGCUGUCAGAAGGCAAAUGCUCUGAGCUUGAGGAAGAGUUGAAAACUGUGACCAACAACCUGAAGUCACUGGAGGCCCAGGCUGAGAAGUACUCACAGAAGGAGGACAAAUAUGAGGAGGAGAUCAAGGUCCUCACUGACAAGCUGAAGGAGGCUGAGACUCGUGCUGAGUUCGCUGAGAGAUCAGUAGCCAAGCUUGAGAAGACCAUUGAUGACUUGGAAGAUGAGUUGUAUGCCCAGAAACUGAAGUACAAGGCCAUCAGCGAGGAGCUGGACCACGCCCUCAACGACAUGACAUCCAUGUAAUUUUCAACUUGCUGCACCUGCCUGUUCCGUCGUCACCCUCUCUUCCCCUCUGCACCUAUCUUCCCCGUACAACAGCUGCCUCAACUCCAUCGUCUCCGUUAUAUUUCCUGUACCCAUCAUCAUUAGUACAUCCAAGUCUUGUAUCUGUUCCUCCACUUAACAUAGUUAUGCAUCUAUGUUUUUAUAUAGUCUUAAAGUGUAAUGUCUUAAAACAGACAUUGUGGUAUUCCGUGUCUGUGUAAUUGAAGCCUGCAUGCAAUAAUUAUAAGUGUUUUCCUCUCACACUGCUGUAUUCGUGUGGUCAUGAUGAUACUUUAUGAUACCUUUGGAUCAGUAUCAUUGGUGUUUGAGAAUACUGUAAACAGGAAUGAAGUCAUGUUAUGCAUGAACAAAACUUCAGUGAUCUGGUCUCUGUUUACAUUUCUUAUCCAGGUCAAUUGUGAAUGGUAUCACUUUAUUGUGAAAAGUAGCUUUGAUUUCAAAAUAUUCAUGAUAUUUUCACAUGAUAUUUUGACAUCCUAAGCCACGCAUGCAAGUUGCCUCAUGAAACGUAGUAGACUUGGUUACAAAAGCAUUUCAGUGAAUCUGAUUCACUCACUGUAAGGUUAUGAGUGUUUCCUCUUUCCUUUUUCUACUAACAUGGUCUACUUCUGUCCAGAAGAAAGGCCCGCUGUGUGAUUUGAGAGCCCCCUUUGUUCUGUUACAGUUUAGCAUCACUGUGGUUGAGACCCCAGUUUUGCUAAAUGAGUGUUGUCCCUCAACAUUUGGCCAUUCUGUGGGAGAUUGACAAGACACACGACAUCUGUCUGGUCCAGCGCCGCUGCUCCUCGCGUUUUAGCAGAAAUGUCUCGAUGUAAUCAGAGAGAGGCAUUGGUCUGACCUCCAGUUAGUGCUUGUCAGCGUGUCCUACCUCACAAUGCAUUUCCACUGUGCAUUGGGGUUGUUGUAGUGUUGUGCCGUGACUCAUGUGGUUCUAGUUUAUAGAUGUGUACAUCUUAAACUUCUGUAGGUUCCCACACAGACCCCCUGGUUCACUUUACUUCUUCUCUCCCACACAGAUAAAAUUUUUACACCUCAUCAAAGACGCCUCCUGCCGGCUGAGCGGCAUCUGUCUGCUCUCUCCAGCCUUCUCUCCAUUUUCCUUUCCCUCUCUGUGUUUGCUUUCCUUUCUUCCUCAUGUUUUCAUCCUCAUGUCAAAGUUGAUUGCAUCCCAUCUCUUGUACAGAAUCCUAGAAUCUUUCUGCAUUGUGUAAAAAAUAAACACCCUUCCUUCUAUGUAAGCUGUAUCUCUUUACUCUGUCCUUUUUUUCUUUUUAAUUUCUAUUUAUUUUCAAGUGGCUCUAAUAAAAUCAGGAAGCCUUGAUUUUA